AUGGCACUGCAAUGUAACUUGGAGACUUUAUUGGAUGAAAACAUAUCUGAUGUGAAAUUAGUAACGUUUGGGAGCAUUCCAGUAGACACAGCUGUCGAGAAAACAAUUACCAUUGAAAAUAAAACAGAUAAAGGCCUAACAUACAGAGUGUCAAAUAUCUAUAUUCUGAACAGCGUGGAUCGUGUGUUCAAAAUAUCCAUUACAUCGAGCUAUGUAAAGCCGGGCGAGGCUGCCCGGAUCCGGAUUGUGUUCAAGCCCAACAUUGUGGGACAAUCGUUCACUGAAUAUUUCCUUGUGGAUGACACCAGUGGCAAUACUUACAGGCUGACCGUUACUGGAAAAAGUUAUGGUCCAAGGGUAAAGCUCGAUAAAAAGAAACUGGUCUUUACAAUUUGUAAAAACGUCACAGAACAAAGGAAAGAGGUGAUAAAUAUUGUGAACAAAUCAUCCGUGGAUACGACGUACCAGUGGUAUAUGCCUGCUUCUGGUCAGGGAUGUUUUCAAAUAUCGACAGGUAACUGCGGUCUCAUCAGAGCUUUCGAAACUAUAACAACUACAGUUGUGUUUACUGGAAUACCUCUUGGAAUAUAUACUGGAGAGCUGGUCUGUCUGGUCCUUCAUCAGCAUCCCUUGUUCUUGAACGUAUUUGCGACUGUGGUUUUGCCAGGAAACCCAUUACUGAGUAUCCGAGAACAUGUAUUUGAGAAAAAUUGGAAACAGAAGUCUCGUUCCGUACAUUUAAUGGAGAAUAGUCUUAAUAGAUUGAAUUACAUACCAUCAGCUUCGGUGUUUGAAAGAUACCUUGACUUCGGUACGGGCAGUGUUACGGAUAUCACAAGGAACAUAUCGCAAACAAUUUGCGUCACUAAUCAUGAAGACGAAGAAGGCUAUAUACAAUGGAUGCCAGAUCCUGAUAACAUAUUCUUGGUUGACCCUAUCGCCUCUGUUGUACCUCCAAAUGAAUCACGACUGUUUACCGUCAGGUUUCGGCCUAAAAUUGAGAAUGAAGUGUAUGGUUACCUAAUGUGUGGAGACUACCAAGUUAAGAAGUUUAUGGAUAUCACUGAUGAGCCAAGAAUAAAACACUCACUGUUCCGGAUUCCGUGUACGGGCAAUACGUGGAUGCCUUGCACAGAAUGGAUGACCGAAUGGGAUUGUCCCUCAGAGACAUGUAUCAGCUUCACGGGUAAUGCAGAAAUGAGUCAAGUGGAUGUAAUGUCCCACGGUUACCACCCGGCAACGCAUGCGAUGCUCGAGUUCCCACCUACGAUCACUGGUUGCACCAACUACUGCACUUCAUACCUUCACAACCUCACCAGGAUGGAUAUGCAUAUAAGGAUACUGUCCAAUGUCGACUGGUUGGGAGCUGAUGACUGCGGAUCUAUAAUUCUUCCACCAAAAGAAAUCGUACAUUAUCACUGGUGGUUUUUCCCGAAAAUACCUGACAAAGUAUAUGAAACAACUAUAACUUUAAGUUGUGUCUGUUUGAUAAAAGGACAGGCCGUCGGGGAACCGACUGAAGUUUUCAUUGCCAUUUCUGGCUUCUCCGAAUUUCCUGAUUUGAGGAUAUUGCCAAAGGACUAUAAUCUCCAAGAGAUAGUUGUGGGAGAAAGCUUUACGUUUCCCGUUACCCUGUACAACAAUAGCUCUUGUUACUUCACGUCUAAGUUGUGUUACACCAUCGAAGGUAUGGGAGAUGACUACACAGGCGAUAGACUUGAAAUCGAUUCAUCAGUGAACAGUUUAAAACCAUCGAAUCACUGCGAAGUUAAAAUGACGGUGACUCCUGACGGAGCCGGAUCGCGGAGACUUCGUAUCAAGUAUACUGUCCUUUACCGCACUGAGUUUAAUGAAGUUGAGGAGCCUGAUAACCCUAACCUGCUUCAUCUAAAAUUCACCUACACAAGUAGAGGGUUGAAUACUUUGUGUUAUGUAAUGACGUUGCCGAAUCAAAGAACAAUUUAUAUAUAUGUACAUAUUUACGCGUAUCUGAGCACACGUGGCUUGCUGACGCCACUGCGUCGUCCCGUGGGAGUGGACGAUUAUUUGGCGGUGCUGGACUGUGGUAGAGUGCCUAUUAAUAAUUUGGAUCCUGUUAUAAGGAUCGUAUGGUUAUACAAUCCCACUGAAGUGUUCACCACUUGGCGGCUACUUCGCGGUAACACUAUCCCUGAUUCUGUGAUUCGUUGUUUGCUCUACUUCGCCGAAGUACCACCCCUUGGGAAACUAGCCAUACCAUUCGCUUUUAUGCCCACGGAAAUGAUUGAUUAUGAGGUAGUAUUCCUAUGUUCCUUCGGCUAUGAAAAUGAAAAGAUCCUAGUGAAAGGGAUGGGAGGUCUGCCGAACUGUAUCGAGACUAGAUUGGACAUUCCAUUCCAUAUUGAACGAGUGAUCAGAGAGGCUCACAGGCAAGAUGUGGUAUAUCUCUCAAUGGAACACUUGACACUACCAGUUAUGCCGACGCACUCCUUGUCUAGAGAUAUAAUAAGUAUCUGCAACGACACUGACCACAUCAUGAGGUUCAUUUGGCUACCGACAACUGUCGCCUGCGAGAUUUUAGAUCUAACAGAUCGUAAGAAUUAUCAACAAAAUGAACUUCUGAAGCGAAAAAAAAUCGAGAAGUGUAACCAAGAGUUCAUUAUAACCGAAGAAGGAACGUUCUACCCUGAUAUAAAUGAUUCGCCGCCCUAUGUACUCGAUUUAGAAAAACCUCAGCCAAGAUAUCUGGCAAUGACGGUGUCAGUGUCUUCGAAAGGCCAACGGGAUGGAUACCCGAGAAUGCUGUUAAAACAAAUGUGGCAACAGCCACCACCAUACGAUUUAUUGGCAUCAAACGUGACCGACCUGGCCGAUCGUCCAACAACAAGCAACAGCAUGACUGUCGCCGAUAUACUUAGAAUCAUCGACGGGAUAUUAUGGGACGCAAUGCAUAGCAAAAUGUUCAAAUAUCAGAUAGAAUACUAUUCGAAAGAGGAGGUACCGACCUAUGGUCAACUGUUGAGAGUAUACAAUCGGGAAGUUAAACCGGAAUUGAGUCGAAGGGUCACGUCUGGGAUAUGCGAUGCGAUUGUCAAUAAGGCAGUGUUCCACAAUUUCGGACUCAACGCUAAGCAGUCCCCCAUCAUGGAAGCGGAAUGA